CCAGGGUUGCAGCCACAGAAGCACAGAAGCAGAGUAUUUCCGAAGAAAACCUUGAAAACACACGGCCAAUAAUCCGUUGAAGGAUAUAUCGCCCUUUUGCAUGAAACAGCACAGAAAGUCUAUACUUAAACGGUCCACCACAGUGUCCCUCACUCUUUUACCACGAUGGGUGGGGCGGUGAGCGCAGGGGAGGACAACGACGAGCUGAUCGACAACCUGAAGGAGGCACACUACAUUCGCUCAGACCUGGUGGAGCGUGCCUUUCGCGCCAUCGACCGUGCCGACUACUACCUAGAGGAGUACCGCGACAAUGCCUACAAGGACCUGGCCUGGAGGCACGGGAACAUCCACCUGUCAGCGCCCUGCAUCUACUCGGAGGUGAUGGAGGCCCUGGACCUGCAGCCGGGUCUGUCCUUCCUCAACCUGGGUAGCGGCACGGGCUACCUGAGCACCAUGGUGGGCCUCAUCCUAGGACCAUUUGGAGUGAACCAUGGAGUGGAGUUGCAUGCAGAUGUGAUAGAGUACGCCUACCAGAAACUGGACCUCUUCAUUAAAACCAGUGAUAGCUUCGACAAGUUUGAGUUCUGUGAGCCGGUCUUUGUGGCGGGCAACUGCCUGGAGAUCCCCCCGGACAGCAGACAGUAUGACCGGGUGUACUGUGGCGCAGGGGUGCAGCGCGAGCACGAGAACUACAUGAAGAACCUGCUGAAGGUGGGGGGCAUCCUGGUCCUGCCCCUGGAGGAGAAGCUGACCAAGAUCACCCGCACAGGCCAAAAUUCCUGGGAGACCAAAAAGAUCAUCGCUGUGUCCUUUGCACCACUGGUGCAGCCCAGACAAGAUACCAACGGCAAGGCUAGGAAUGUCCCACUACCCAUUUUUGAGGUGCGGUCGCUUCAGGACCUGGCCCGCCUGGCCAUCCGCCACACACUCAGGGCCACGUCAGGGGCCCCCGAGGGCCGCAGCAAGAGCCGCGUGUCGUUCCCAGGAGCGCGCGCCAUGCACCGCUACGGGCCGCGCUUCAAGCGCCGGCGCCUGCACCGCCGCCGCGUGGACUCGCUCAUCCUCCGCGACUCGGCCAUCCCGUCGCUGGCCGAGCUGAGGGCCCACGGAGCGCCGCGGGAGUCCGAAGACGGAGAGGAAGAGGGCGACGAGGAGGAGGACGAGGGGGGCCGGGGGAAAUGCGGCGGCCGCAGCUGCAGCAGCCGGCGGGGGAAAGGAGGGGCGAGGGGCGACGAGGAGCAGGAGGACGAGGAAGAGCGCGUGGCCCGAGACGAGGAAGAGGAAGACGAGGAGGAGGAGAAGGGCAAAGGCGAGCCCCAGGGAGAGCCGCCAGUCAACAUCCUGCGCGAGAGGAUCCUGGGACUGCCGCUGCCCGAGCCGCUGAAGCUAUACCUGCUGUACUACCGCGAGAAGUGAGGACGAGGAGGAUGAGAAGAGAUCGCGGCUCUCUGUUCCUCCCUCCUUCCUUCCUCCCUCCUUCCCGACCUCUUUGUGUCCCUCUUUACCCAGGGAGUGCAAUUCACAAGCAGAGAGAAGGGCCUGGUGAAUGGCUGACUGAUGAUGGAUGAACUGGCUAUGAUGGACAGAGUAUGAGUGCUGAUUUAAGAUUGGUGACACUACUGUCUCUGCCCCCGGGUGUGAAUAUCUAAGCCCAUUUUACCCAUCGAUUUAAAUGUUUGGUGAAAAAGCUGGGAUUUGCCAAGCAGAUCAGGUUAAAGAGGCCUGCUCUUUUUUCGUUGUUGUUUUGAUUUUUAUUGUUAUUAUUAAUUAAUUUGAGCUGGUAGACAUUUCAAAGACUAUAACUGCAUCACAUCACUUAAGAGGGAAUGGUAUGGCUUUUUCAGGUGAGUGUGAGGGUGAUGUGGUGUGGUGUUUUUUUUCCAUGGCAGCCUUCAAGGUUGCUCAACCAUUAGCGCACAAAGCUAAAUUCAUUUGGGUGUUUGCAUAGGGUGAUCUGGCUGAUGAGACUGAGUUGUAAAUUCCUGAGAUGUGAGUUUAUUUAGGCCCUAAAAGCUUGCUCACCCAGGGUACAUGGUCUCCUACCACCCCAGGUAUUCAUUCCGUCACGCAAGGGUUUUCAUGCCCACGACCUGCCCAUCUUUAUCUUCAUAUUCAUUGCAGUGGGUCAAUAUUAAAGGAGAAAUCCAGCCAUUUUUCACAUACAUCUCCAUUUCUUUAGGUCACCGAGUGCUGUCAGUUUUACCUAGCUCAAGUUGCUAGUUCCAACAGCUAAAGCGUCCAGGCAGCUACAGUGCUACACUCUGGGAGCAUGGGGGCUCACAUACUGUACAUGCCCCCACAGUGUAGUGCUUUAGCUGCUAGAACUAGCAAUUCGAGCGAGGUAAAACUGAUUUUUGGGGCGGUUGUAUCGGAAGUACUUGAUGACCUCAAGAAACGGAGAGCAAUGUGAAAAAUCGCCAGAUUUCUCCUUUAGACUGUCAGCGUUUCACUGGCAGUGUUUCCAGGUGAUUUUUACUGAUGGGGGGUUUCCGACCCAAUUUAAUUUCCGUAGAAAUGUUGUCAGAAGCAGUGCAGUAUGAAGUCUCAGUUAAUCAUUUGUCAUAUGCAUUAAUUGUAAAUGUAACACUGAAAAAGAAAAAUCUAUCUUCUCGUGUUGAGGUUUUGUUCAAUGUUGUGCUCUCCACUGUAUUUGAAUUUGUGUCAUGAUUAUUAUUUCUCAGACGAGGCUCACAGGGUUUUAAGUGUCAAAGUAAAAACCAGCAUGAAGUGCCGUGGAGAACGAGGAAAAGACGUUUUGCCAUGCACAGAUACAGCAGGAGAAGAAGCACUUCACAUAGAUUGUGUUGGAUUGGUCGAUAUAGCUUUCUUUUCUUUGGAUGUUUUCUUUUUUUCCCUCUUUGAACCAGCUUUACUCUUCUGUGAUUUAUCCGGGGUGGAGUGCUGUUAUUCCUGUGUGCAGCUGGUGAGAUGAAGUUAAGCAGGGGGUGGAGGCACAGGAAAGACAUUUUAUUUCUCUUGAACUUAUCUUUUCACACACUUUUUACUCUAUUAUCCAAAUCUAAAUGCAUAUUUUUUCCAAACAAAUUUUCGGUUUUUGCUGCUGUUAAUAAUUAUAAUGAUGAUAAUAAUAAUGAUGAUGAUGAUAAGAAUGGCUUGAAUUUUUGUAGUUUCUAGUUCUUAGGUCUUUGAAAGAUCCUUUUUAUGAUUUUUUUUGUUUUGUUUUGUUUUCCAUUGUUUCCCCUAAAAGCAUAUAUGAAUAAGAUGGAGAUGAUUAUUCUACAGCUAAAAUACACAUGGGACUUUCAAAGUGCCUUAUGAGCAUACUACAUUAUUGAAUACAUAUAUUAUUAAAUAAUCCAGAAAAAGAAUAAAUGUCACAUCUUUCAAUAAUGAAAAAUAACAUGUCAUUGAGGGUUUUUCUUUAUGUUGAUAUGAUUCAAGAUUAUAUGGUCUCUAACUGGAAAAGGGGGUGGGAGUAAAUAAUGUAAAAAGGAUUGGCCUUUUGGCCAGAAUGACCCUCGUGUGGGGAGUUCUUGUUUUUUUUUUUUUUUUUUUUUUAACCAUUCCCUUUGCUUUUUCUGGUUGUCAUUUUUCUGAAAGACUUUUAUUUCUUUACAUUUACUAUAUUAGAUGAAUGUAGAGGUUGUGAUCUUUGCAUAAUAUUGUAUGCUGUUUCUCUGGUGUUCCAAGUUUUUUUUUUUUUUUCUGUUGGAAGUUCAUCCGCACUGUUGGUGGUCUUCAAUAAAAGAAAAAUAUAU